AUGCCGUCGUCGACGCAGUCAUUGACCGUCGCAGCGAAGACGCUACGUAACCGGAUCUUCUCCAGGUCCGGAUCCACAUCCGCCGGGCCGAGUCGCUGGGCCACACCAGGUCACGAGGAAAAGCCCAAAGGCUACUUCAUGAACCGUCCUCCUCCUCCGCCGGGACAAUCUCGCAAAUGGGAAGAUUGGGAGCUUCCUUGCUACAUCACGAGCUUCCUCACGAUCGUCAUCCUCGGCGUGGGGCUCAAUGCGAAGCCUGAUCUUUCGAUCGAGACUUGGGCUCAUCAGAAGGCUCUGGAACGGCUCGAGAUCGAGAGGCUCGCGUCCGUUGGGGAUUCUUCUGAUUGA